AUGAUUAAGGUGCGAGGUGACGACUCCAAUCUCUCUCGAACAGAGCUUAUCCGCGCACAUGUGUUUGUGCGUCAGUCCAUUCCGCUUCGCAAUUUGCUGAGAACCAACGAGACGUUUUCAGAAUAUCUGACGAACAGCCUUUCUGUGCCAAGCACAACAGCCACGAGCCUGAUGAGGGUGAAAGUUCGGCUCGGCCAGUUGCCUGCGCUCUCAAGUGAGGGAGAUCUGCGCUCUGUGCUCUGCAGUGAUGAAUCAGUCAAUCGCAUCCUGGAGUUUAAUUCAUCCAAUCAGAAGGCGGAUUUUCAGAAUAUCACAUGCUCCUUGACAGCCAAUCAGCUUCUUCAAGCCAGACAAGUAUUCAUGCAGAAUGUUGACAACAUGAAACUUCUAAAUGCACUUCCAAUAGCAUUGGGUCUGAACCGCCUGGAGACGGGCGUACUGAUGGCAAAAACCGGCGUUCAUAUCACUCCACUAAUGACAGUGAUUUCUAAUUUUGGGUCUUCAGCGCUGCUAAGUGCGGUAGGUACUUUGGACUUCAGGUCCGAUCCAUUUGGAAGCCUCAGUGAGCUAAUGUGUGGAACAGACAGUAACACCACGUCCAAAACCACCAGCAGAGAUGUUUUGAGGACCGUGUCAACAGAAUCGGACCAACAGAACACACGGGCCGCAACAGCCGAUGACACCAAUACAACCAGCACUAACACCAGUGAGUACUGUAAAAACUUGACUGACACAAUGGAGAGCUCGUCCAGCCUGCGUCUGUUAUGGAAAACCGUCAGACCCUUUCUGCAAGGAAAAAUCCUCUACACUCCCGACACAAAUGUUACACGGAGCAUUGUUACAGAGACGUAA